CACACCCAACCAUGAACGCCAAGGUUCUCCUUCUGCUCAGUCUCGCAGCCAUCGUUGCUGCAGACAGCCGUGAGAUUUACCGCCCAUCUCAGUCUUCCCAGGAAACCUCUGAGUCUUCCGAAGAAUCCUACGAGUCUUCUGAAGCCAAGUACAGCUUCAACUGGGCCGUCAGCGAUGACUCCUCAAGCAACGAGUUCGGUCACCAGGAGGCCCGUGACGGCGACAACACCCAGGGAUCCUACUACGUGCAGCUCCCCGACGGUCGCCUGCAGACCGUCACCUACUUCGUGGACGGCGACUACGGCUACGUGGCUGAGGUCAACUACGAGGGCGAAGUCUCCGACGAGUCUAAUUCUUCCGAGUCUGAGGAGGACUCUUAGUGAAGAGUCACUAAGUCUGAGGAGGACUCUUAGUGAAGGAAAAAUAUGUAUAUAUUAUUGACUGUUACUUCUCUUUGUUUGAAAUAAAUGUAUAAGAAGAAAACAUA